AUGACCAUAACUUACGGGAGCCCAAGGAUUCAGUUGUACAAUGUGACUGACCUCAACACAUUUAUACUGAUGGGCUUCCCAGGAGAUUUUGACCUGCAAAUCUUCUUAUUUUUACUAUUUAUUGCCAUCUAUCUUUUCACUGUGAUAGGAAACUUUGGACUGGUUGCUCUGGUUAUUUGGGAUUCCCAGCUUCACAACCCAAUGUACUAUUUUCUGAGUGUUUUAUCAUUCUUGGAUGCCUGCUAUUCUACAGUUGUUACCCCAAAAAUGUUGGUCAAUUUCCUAGUAAUGGAUAAGUCCAUUACAUAUCCUGGUUGUGUAUCACAGAUGUUUCUCCUUGUUACUUUUGGAACCACAGAAUGCGUUCUGCCGGCUGCAAUGGCAUAUGACCGAUAUGUAGCCAUCUACAACCCUCUUCUGUAUUCAAUGAGCAUGUCACCCAGAGUCUAUAAACCACUCAUCAUUGCUUCCUAUGUUGGUGAAAUUUUACAUGCUACUCUACACACAGUGGCCACAUUUAGCCUGUCCUUCUGUGGAUCCAAUGAAAUCAGGCAUGUGUUCUGUGAUAUCCCUCCACUACUUGCUAUUUCUUGUUCUGAUACUCAAGUGAACCAACUUCUCCUCUUCUACUUUGUGGGUUCUAUUGAAAUGGUCACUAUAUUGAUUGUCUUGGUCUCCUAUGGCUUUAUCCUGUUGGCCAUUCUGAGAAUGCGUUCUGGUGAAGGGAAACAAAAAGUUUUCUCUACAUGUGGGUCUCACUUAACUGGAGUGUCCAUAUAUCAUGUAACAAUCCUCUUCAUGUAUGUAAGACCAAGUUCCAGUUACGCCUUGGAGCAUGACAUUAUAGUAUCAACAUUUUAUGCCAUUGUGAUUCCAAUGUUGAAUCCUAUCAUCUAUAGUUUGAGGAACAAUGAUGUAAAAGAGGCAAUGAGAAAAUUAUUUGAGAGAAACUUUUAUAAAUGA